AUUGGACUGCACAUAGAGACUUAAUUUUAGAUUUAGACAAAAUGGAAAUUAUUUCAUCAAAACUAUUCGUUUUAUUGACUUUAGCCACUUCAAGCUUGUUAACAUCAAACAUUUUUUGUGCAGAUGAAUUAAUGAUGUCCAAUCUUCACAGCAAAGAAAAUUAUGACAAAUAUUCUGAGCCUAGAGGAUACCCAAAAGGGAAAAGAAGCCUCAAUUUUGAGGAAUUAAAAGAUUGGGGACCAAAAAAUGUCAUUAAGAUGAGUACACCUGCAGUCAACAAAAUGCCACACUCAGUCGCCAACUUGCCAUUGAGAUUUGGGAGGAACGUUCAAAGAGAAAGAAGUGCUGGAGCAACAGCCAACCUGCCUCUGAGAUCUGGAAGAAUUAUGGAGGUGAGCCUCGUGAGACGUGUUCCUAACCUGCCCCAAAGGUUUGGGAGAACGACAACAGCCAAAAGUGUCUGCAGGACGCUGAGUGAUUUGUGUCAAGGAUCCAUGCAUUCACCAUGUGCCAAUGACUUAUUUUACUCCAUGACCUGCCAGCACCAAGAAAUCCAGAAUCCCGAUCAAAAACAGUCAAGGAGACUGGUAUUCAAGAAGAUAGAUGAUGCAGAAUUGAAACAAGAAAAAUAAGAAACCUGGAGCCUGUCCCUAAAGCUGUGGCCUGUAAUCUACAAAUGGCUCUAUAGUGAAGACCACAAGGAAGAGUAGCUACAUACACUUCAUCAACUAUAGGUCAACAACGGCAAUUUUUUCCUUGUCAGUACAGCUAUAAUAGUAUCUUGAAAGUUGUAAAAAAUUUAAAGCAUAUUUGUUA